AUGAGAGUAGAGGAACUUGUAGGUUCACUGCAAACCUUUGAGCUUUUGUUACCCCAGUCAAAAACCUCAAAAAAUGUUGCUCUCAAGAUCAAAACUCCUAAAGAAAAAUCUAGGGAUUCAUCCAGUGAGGAUUCAGGAGAUGAUGAAAAAAUUGCCUUGAUUGUUAGGAAGUUUCAAAAAAUUUUCAAACCUAGAUCUGAGAAUUUUAAAGGUAGGGAUCAUAAAAAAUCUGUGAAUGCUAAACAUGAAGGUAGAGAAAAUUCCCAAGACAGAAAUGUCUUUGAUCAGAAAGAAAAAUUUUCUCGUGGUCGUAAGUGUCAUGAGUGUGGAGGUAUUGGUCAUAUUCGUGUUGAUUGUGGGAAUUUGAAAAAGUUAAAAGGUGUGCAAGAUGUUUCUGAAUAUGAAUCUGAUAAUGAGUAUGAUCUUCAAACUGCUUAUAAUCAAAUGUUUCAGGAGUUUAAUAAUCUGAGUCAGCUGAAUAAAAAGAGUGUGAAGAGACUGAAAGAAGUAGAGACAGAGAAUGAAAACUUAAUUGAAAAAAUUAGGUUCCUAGAAAAAGAGUUGGAUGAGUCAAAAAGUCAUCUUAACAAAUUUUCAAGUGUUAAACUUGAUAAGAUGUUACAUGAUCAAAAGUCUUCAAAUGAUAGGUCUGGAUUAGGUUUUGAGAAGUUUGUAUCUUCGAAAUCAAAUGCUGCUUCUACUUCAAAAAUUAUGUUUUUUAAACCCAAGAUGAAAGAAGUAGAUACUAAGUCUGAUUGUUUACCUAAAGAUGUGUCUCUGGAUAAGAAGAGAAAAGUUCAGUUCAAAAUUCCUCAAAAGAAAGUGUCUGAAUCUAAGUUUAUUCCCACCUGUCAUUACUGUGGAAUCAUUGGACAUACUCGUCCAAACUGUUUUCAGCUUAGAGUAACAUAUCCAUGGUCUACACAAAAUGCUCCCAGGAAAGAUGAACCUGGGAUUGGCAAACAAUUGCUGGUGUUAACUGCUCAAGUAAAACUUAUCAGUGAAAAAUUAGCUACUAUAUCUAAUUGUUCUGAUUUGAAAAAUUUUCCUCUCAAAACUGAUAAAGUUCAAAAAAAUCAAGUUUGGGUUAAAAAGAAAGAUAAUCUAUGUCUGGUUGUUCAUACUGCCUUAAGUGUGCUUAAUUCAUGUUUGUGGUAUUUGGAUAGUGCAUGUUCUAGACAUAUGACAGGUGACAAGACAUUGUUCAAGGAGCUCAAAGCAGGCAGAAGUGGAAACAUUACCUAUGGGGAUGGUAGUAAGUCUAAGACUAAAUGUCACAAAGUUUCUAUAGACAUUGGAGAAUUGUGGCAUCAGCGGUUGGGACAUUUGAAUUAUCAUGAUCUAGUGAAGAUAGCUAAGAAAGAAGCUAUAAAUGAUUUACCCAAAAUCAACUAUCUGGAGAAAGGAAAAUGUGGACCAUGUCAGCUUGGAAAGCAAACAAGAAAUCCACAUAAGAAAACCUCGGGUAUUUGUACAUCCAGAAACUUGGAGCUUCUUCACAUGGAUCUUAUGGGUCCGACACGGACAGCUAGCUUGGGAGGAAAGAAAUACAUUCUAGUAAUUGUGGAUGAUUACUCACGGUACACCUGGAUCAGUCUACUUAAAGAGAAAUCUGAAGCAUUUGAUCAAGCCACUGUGUUGUUUAAAAGGAUACAAGUUGAACAAAACUGCUCUAUACAGAGAAUUAGAAGUGAUCAUGGCAGAGAGUUUGAAAAUUCCAGUUUUGAAGAAUUCUACAAAAAUUUCGGAAUUAAACAUGAGUUUUCUUCUCCUAUUACUCUGCAACAGAAUGGGGUCAUUGAGCGAAAAAAUAGAGUGAUUCAAGAAAUGGCUCGGGUUAUGAUCCACUCUAAAAAUUUAGCUCAACAUUUUUGGGGAGAAGCAGUUAACACAGCAUAUCAUAUCAUAAAUCGUGUGUUUCUCUACCCCACAACAGACAAAACUCCAUAUGAACUUUGGAGAGGGAAGAAGCCAACAGUGAAGUACUUCCGAGUGUUUGGGAGCAAGUGCUAUAUUCUUCGUGAUAGAGAAAGCCUGGAAAAGUUUGAAGCCAAGAGUGAUGUAGGGAUUUUUCUUGGAUACUCCACUACUAGUCGAGCUAGUAGAGUAUACAAUACCAGGACAAAAGUGGUUAUGGAAUCGAUUAAUGUUGUAAUUGAUGAUGAAUCGAUCACUGAUCAAACUGAGGGGGAGCAAGCUGAAGUUAAUGCUUAA